AUGGCAGACCCGAAGAAACGCAAAAUCUCAUCCAUCGGGACUUCAGACAUGAACGGAAGCGGAAACGACGAGUGGACCAAGGUUGAGAGGCGAAAAGCAAAGAAGGCAAAGAAGACUGAGACGAAGCUUACGACUACGCCUCCCAGGCUGUUGUAUUCAACUGGAGAGAUGACGCGGAGAAAGGAAGCAAUAGGGAUAUCAGAUAUCCGCGACUUGGUCUUGCAUAUGGUCGCAGAUGCCCCACCUCCAUCAUGGCUGCGCGUUGAAAAUCCACACUCCAUUUCACACGUCGUGACCCUGCUUGUACCUGGCCUUACUCCCGACCUCCUCGCUCUCCCUCCACUCCCAACGUCAGCGACAGCCAACCCCAACCUACCACUCGCAAUACCAUCUCCCUCUGCGCAGUCAGCCAUUCCAUGGGUUGCAUCCACGUUCAGCCACGCGUGCCCGACCCGGGCGCCUGGUGACAGGAUGCGUAUGCACUCAGUGCUAGCGGAGUUCUUCCAAGGACCCGUCAGUGGCGAGGAGAAGAAGCGCAGAAUGCAGGUGCGCAUCGCCGCGGAACGGGAGCAACGGAAAGACCCCACGGCCUAUCUCUUGACAAGAGAACAGAUGGUUGAGAACGACUAUCCUGUGCCAUCAUAUAUCGCGGACGUAUUCGAGAAACCGGAUGGGUGGGUUGAGACCCCGCAACCCGCGGAAACGUCCACGACAGGCGUGAUAUAUGGCAUAGACUGCGAAAUGUGCCUGACAGACGAUGGCAAGCAGCUCGCACGGGUUUGCAUCAUCAACUAUGCCACCAACAAGGUGGAAUAUGAUCAACUGGUCAAACCCGAAAAGCCUGUCGUCGACUAUCUUACUAGAUGGUCAGGGAUAACGCCUGCUGCUCUCUCAACUGCUACCGCCACCUUCGACGAAGUCCAAACUCAUGUGCUCUCUCUGCUCUCAGUUUCGCCAACGCCAAUUCUUCUAGGCCAUUCGCUCGAGUCCGAUCUGAAGGCUCUUAAGAUUGCGCAUCCUCUGUGUAUUGACACUGCGUUGAUAUAUCAUCACCCACGAGGUCGGCCUAUGAAGCCUGGUCUAGCAUGGCUCACGAAAAAGUGGUGUGGACGUGUCAUACAGGAUAGGGGCGAGGGGGGCCACGAUCCAGAAGAGGAUGCCAGAGCCUGCAUGGAGCUUCUCAGAAAGAAAGUGGAUAACGGACCAGGAUAUGGCGAGUUCCGCACAGACUUCGAGUCGAUUUUCGAGCGAAUAUCUCGGGCACCGGCCAGAGGAGGCGGGUCCUCCAUCCGCAGUGCGGUCGUCGAUCACGGCAACCCCGCGGUGAUGCAUGGAUCGAAGGCGACCACUGUGAUUCCCUGUGCGGGUGAUGAGGACGUGCUCCAAGGUCUUCUGAGCACCGUCCCUAGCCAUGCAUUCGUGUUUGGCAGGUUCACCGCUCUUGCGGAUGCCCUUGGAUGCACGUGCACCUCCCCUCUUCAACCAGGAGAACCUAGCGAAACUCCUGCCUCUGCGCAGUCUCUUCCGAACCUGCCAGAUGUACUCUCUGCAUUGAACACACGUUUGAAGACGUUGUACGAGGCGUUGCCACCACGCACGGCGUUGGUCAUCUUCACUGGACAUGACGAUCCCCGGAAAAUGGCAGCGCUGAAUUCACGCCGAGGAGCGUUCGAGGAAGCGCUGCGGGCGGGUGUCGCUGUGGACGAUCUUGUGGAGGAGAAAAAGUGGACCGCUGCCGACGGGCGGGAGCUGGAGGCCGAAGUCGAGAGGGCGAGACGCGGUCUGUUGUUCCUAUGCGUCAAAUCACCAAGCGGAUGA